UCUACCGGCCACGUCGCCCCGUGUUCGCCAUAUUUCUCGGAGGAAUGCGCUGGAAAAGUGUUGGAAAUCGGUUCAAGCAAAUUGCAGCCGUCUGGUAUUCGUAAUAGCGGAUAAAAACGUCGUCUUGAUUUGUGUUCAAGUCGGGGAACAUUUCAGAAGCUACAAUGAAUAUCUUUAGGCUGGCCGGAGAUCUGUCUCACUUAGCGGCAAUCAUCAUUCUGCUGCUCAAAAUCUGGAAAACCCGCUCCUGCGCAGGUAUCUCUGGGAAAAGCCAGAUCCUCUUUGCGCUGGUUUUCACAACACGUUAUCUGGAUCUGAUCACCUCCUUUAUUUCUCUCUACAACACCUGCAUGAAGGUCAUCUACGUUGGAUGCGCCUAUGCCACUGUGUACCUAAUCUAUGUGAAAUUCAAGGCUACUUAUGAUGGAAAUCAUGACACCUUUAGAGUGGAGUUUCUGGUAGUUCCUGUUGGAGGCCUGGCCUUUUUGGUCAAUCAUGACUUCUCUCCUUUGGAGAUCCUGUGGACAUUCUCCAUCUACCUUGAGUCAGUGGCCAUCCUGCCUCAGCUCUUCCUGAUCAGUAAGACUGGAGAGGCUGAGACCAUCACCACCCACUAUCUGUUCUGCCUGGGGGUCUACCGUGCCCUCUAUCUCUUCAACUGGAUCUGGAGGUUCUACUUUGAGGGCUUCUUUGACAUGAUCGCUAUUGUAGCUGGGGUGGUCCAGACCAUCUUGUAUUGUGACUUCUUCUACCUUUAUGUUACAAAAGUGCUGAAAGGAAAGAAGCUGAGCUUGCCAGCAUAAUUGCCAAAGAAAAGCAGACCUGUGUCACCAUUCAGACUCGUGUGGGGGGCACGGGCCAGCAAUGCCACAGCAAGAGGCCGAAGACAGAACGAGCAUGUGAAGCUGCUGCUGUUUGUGAAAUGUCAUCAGGAUGUAAAUCAACAGCACAAUGACUGCAAUGAGGACUUCUCUUGGAUUUGGCAAUGGAAUUAUUUUGUUUUCAGCAUCUUGCAAUACCUUUAGUGCUGUUAAUAAAAAAAAAAAAAAAAAAAAAAAAACACCUACUUUUCUAUGUGACGUUCCAUAAGCUUAAGUUAGAUUAGCCAGAUUAAAUACACCCUUUAACUCUUAUUUGUGGUCUCAAGGUUUCUAGGCAUAUUGAAUCAGGUAAAGUUUGUUCAACAUAAAUGACAAAUUCCUAUCCACAGAAAUAUUUUAACCCAUCUCAUUCUUUCCUAAAACAUGAAAUUGCUUUAGAUUCCAAUAGCCUUUCAAAGUACAUAAACUUGCACAAACGCCUUAUAUUCAUUUGAACAGCAUUAUGGACAGUAUAUAAUCUGAAAUGUUUCCUUGUAAAUGCGUCAACUUUUGUGUGAAAAUGUUUUGUACUGCCAAAUCAUUCAGCACUGAUAAGUUUUAUUCCUUAUGUAUUGGCUCCAAAUUACUAUGGAUUGUAUAUCUCUGUUAAGGCUGUAGUUACUCAGCAGUACAAAACACAGGACAAGAUGGUAGUAUCCUGCAACUAAGUAUUUGUUCUUUAGAUGCAGUAAUUCAUCAACAAAAGUACAUGGAAUUUAACGUGAUGUGCAAAUCAUCAAACAAGAUCUUGUGUGUUUAUAGAUUUCAUAGGAUUUGCAGAUCACUUGUUUAUUUUUGACACUCAUUUAUAUUCAGUAUGCUUGAUGUCCCCCUUCAUGAGUCAUUCCGCUAGGGAUUUCAUUUGAGUUUUUAUGUUAUCACCUCAAAUAAAAAAAAAAAUAAAUAAAAUGAA